UAGUGACAAUGGAGUUUGUGAAUGAGACUCUCACGUGCACAGGUGUCAGCGUGUCACCGCGUAUUGCCCAGCCAACCAACCGCAAGCGCCAACCCUGUAUUCUGUGAAUGAGGUCACACUCUCCAACCUCCAACCACCCCCGUCGCAGCCGCAACAACCUCGAACAAUCCAAAUUUUAUCGCACGCAUCGAUAGAGCAUACAUUACAAUGCCUCCCAAGCGCCUCGCAUCGGGCGCGAUCAAGCCGCAGCAGUCCACCCUCGCAUUUCACGGGUCGUCGAACAAAGUCACCAAGGCAGGCGCAAAGGCACAGAACGCAAAGAAGAGCCUCCUUUCCGAGCCGGUCAUCAAGGAUGUCAAGCCCGAAGUCAUCGACCUGGACGUUGUCGAAGUGACCAAGCCCACCACCGCUGAGGCAGCCAUCAUCCAGCAAACAGAAAAGGAAGUCGUAGCGCAACAAGUGGAGAGCACACCGGAGGAAGACCAUGCCAGACGCGUAUCGGAUACAGCGAUCAAGAAGUAUUGGGCUACCAAGGAGAAGCAGAGGAUGGCACCCAGAGUACACCAGCAGGAUUUGAGCAUACACGGGAAGAUAUUGCGGGAGUGGGAUAUGAGUGCACAAUUCGGCCCCUGUACUGGCAUCGCUCGUUUGAAGCGCUGGAAACGCGCACAACGACUUGAACUUGAUCCGCCGAUUGAGGUUCUGGCCGUCUUGCUGAAGGAGCAGGAAGGAAAGGAUAAGUUGACGGUCCAAAGAUCACAUGUGGACGAGCUGCUCAAUUCAAAGGCUGAGCUUCUUGAUGCCGCUGCCUGAGAAAUACAGCGUGCGUUCAACAAGUGAUGGGGAAUGUUUCACGGUAUGGAGUUUAUGUAUGGGAACUGGCGUACAGGAAUGGCAUAGUUGUUUUUGCCGAUGAUGGGAUUUUCCUUUUGUCAUGGAUGAUAGGGCAGUAAAUGAUUGUACGCUACUGGUAUUACAAGCACGCGAGCGAGAUGCCGACUCGGUUCACUCUUCAAGAGAUUCGAAUAAUGAGUAUUCGGUCUUUAUUUACUUGAUAAACAUAUAGUAACAAAGGAUAUAGAGUGUAAUCAACAAGAAUG